AGCGCGCGGGGCGGCCUUCCCAUGGGGGGGUCCCUGGGCGCCCUGCUGGCGGCCUGGCUUCUGCUGGCCGCGGAGGAAGCAGCGGCCGGAGCGCGGAGCGGGGGCGCCAAGGACAACAUCCUGCUCAUCCUGACCGAUGACCAGGACCGAGAGAUGGGGGGCAUGACCCCCAUGAAGAAGACAACAUCCCUGAUCGGUCAGUUAGGUGCCACUUUUGCCAAUGCAUUUGCAGUCACUCCUCUGUGCUGUCCGAGCCGCAGCAGCAUCCUGACCGGCAGAUACCCUCACAACCACCUGGUGAGGAACAAUUCCUUGGAGGGCAACUGCAGCAGCACAGCCUGGCAGAAGUUUCAGGAGCCAUUCACCUUCCCGGUUUACCUACAGAGGCAAGGCUACCAGACCUUCUAUGCUGGCAAAUAUCUCAACCAGUAUGGGGACCCCAAAGCAGGAGGCGUUCAAUAUAUGCCACCAGGCUGGAGCUACUGGUUAGGUCUGGUGGGGAAUUCCAAGUACUAUAACUACACUCUUUCAGCCAAUGGACACGAGGAGAAGCACGAGCACUAUGAAGAAGACUAUCUCACGGACAUCAUUACUAACCGGAGCCUCCAAUUCCUGGAGAAGCUUUCCCACCCUCCUUUUCUCAUGGUUCUGGCUCCACCUGCUGCACACGCCCCCUGGACAGCAGCCCCCCACUACAAGUCAGCAUACAGCAGCAUCAAAGCGCCACGCAAUGGAAGCUUCAACGUCCACGGAAAGGACAAGCACUGGUUGAUAAGGCAAGCAAAGACUCCCAUGUCAAACACAUCCAUUGAGUUCCUGGACAACGUCUACAGGGAACGGUGGCAGACUCUGUUGUCUGUGGAUGACAUGGUGGAGAAGAUUUUUGAAAAAUUGAAGACCCUCCACCUGUUGGACAGCACAUACGUGUUCUAUACUUCAGAUCAUGGUUACCACACAGGUCAGUUUUCACUGCCCAUUGACAAGAGGCAGCUCUAUGAGUUCGACAUCCGGGUGCCGCUGCUGGUGCGAGGUCCAGGCGUCAAGCCAAAUCAGACUCACCUGCAACCUGUCCUCAACAUCGAUCUGGGGCCCACCUUCCUAGAUAUCGCAGGUAUCGAUGCAUCUCAGACCUCCAUGGACGGACAGUCUUUCUUGCCCCUGUUGGUGAACAAGACGCACAAGAGCAAGUGGCGGUCAGAUUUCCUGGUGGAAUACACUGGUGAAGGCCACACUCACCAAGACCCCCACUGCCCUGCCUUGGGGCCAGGCGUGUCGCAAUGCUUCCCUGACUGUGUGUGCGAGGAUGCCUUCAACAACACCUAUGCCUGUGUGCGCACACUCAGCCCCAUCAACCUGCAGUACUGUGAGUUUGCGGAUGCCCAGAAUUUUGUAGAAGUCUAUAACCUGACUUCAGACCCACACCAGCUCUUCAACGUGGUGAAAACUGUGGACCCUUCACAGCUGGAGCAGAUGAACCAGAGGCUGAUCAAGCUGCAGGCCUGCUCUGGGGUCACCUGCCGCUCCUGAGGGAGCAGCAGCACAGCUCUUGCUGUGGGUCUGUGCCGAGGGGAACAUGGAGCCCACUCUGGGUCUCUCCUUUCUUGCUCUCUCUCUCUCCAUUUACUGGCCUCCCCUCUUUUCUCUGCUCUUAAGCCAAAGUUGAUGCUGAUUUUCCCCUUUCUGGAUCCUUUCCUGGAGGGUGUGGUUGGCAGAAGAGAGGGAGAGAGGGAUGGGGAGUAAAAGUGCCUGUGCCAGAUUUCCCCAUCAAAAUGCUCCAAUAUCCCAUCCUGCCUCUUGCUGCUCACCUACACCUUGCCUUUGCCACCAGACUUGGCAACUGGCAGGUCAGAUUUCACCACCGGGGGGGGGGGCAGGACUGAUACCUAGACUGUCAGUUGCUGACCAGCACCCCCACUCUCAGGGGUUCCCCAUGGCCAGCUGGUGAAAGAUUGCUUCCCCUCCUCUCCCCUGCCUUGUUGGGGGUGUAUGGGAUCUCACCUUUAAUCACGAAUCAGUAUUGCAGAUUCUGCCCUGCAGCUCCUUUUUCCCCCCAGAGAGCUGGAGGUGCUGCCUGUCCUUUUGUGACUGUCAUGUGCCUUGUAACUCCUCCGCUUUGAGAAGUUCUGAUUCUGAUCAACUCCUGCAGCAGCUCGGGCAGUUGCUGUGUUGUCUCGCCUGUGCCUCUCUGAAAAGAAAUAGAAUGGAAUAAAGGACUUGUUUGUUAGAAAAACUGAUCUGGACUUUGCAUGGACUGUAAUGGCUACGGCUCUAUAUGUGGAGAGACAGGAGCCGGACCUCAAGAGCCUCACAAAGACCUGCUUUCUUACAGUAAAUGUCAUUUCCUGCAGUUGUGCUGGUUUAAAAAAUCCACGGUGUCAGCUGCGAGUACUGACUGACUUCUGAGAAGAGAGUCAUGUACCCAACAGUGUUUGGGGAACCUGUAACAUUCAUUCUGGGCUGUAACCCCAUCCCCUUCCGCAGUGGCGUAGCGUGGGUUGUCAGCACCCGGGGCAAGGCAAGUAAUUUGCGCCCCCUAACCCGUGGGUUUGCGCCCCCUAACCCUAACCCCCAGAUGUUGCGCCCGGUGCGGCCGGCCCCCCCUGCACCCCCCACGCUACGCCACUGCCCUUCCGUAAGGGGAGGUAUCCGUGCCAUUGUUGCAUCAUCAGCUUUUACACCAAUCCCAAACCACAUCUCAGCCCUAUUUGCAUGUUUCAUAACCAACAUACCUGGCACUAAGGGAAGGAGGCAGAAUUUGGGGCAGGAGGGAUGUUCUCUCCAAGGGUUGGGGAAUUUUGCUCACUCUUUAAGGGCUUCCUUAUCUCCCCAUCACUGUUAUUUUUCUAAUCCUAGAAGACCUUCACACACACACCCCUCCAGCAGCCUCUGGCAAAGGUGUGCAUUUGCAAGCCAGAUCCUGAGACCUUGGGGUGCAAAUGAAAGGUUUUUAUUGGGUCCCAAUGCAUGCCCAUGGACUGGGCUUAGCCAGCUGGACACAUGUACCAAAGCAGGGUUAGAGAGCCAGUCUCUGGGGCCUCCCAUUAGCCCCUUGCCCUGUUCCUCCACAAGCAGUUUUUAGGCUUGGGAGGAAAGCCUUUUCUUGGAGCCAAGAGAGAACUUUUUCCAAGCCAAAUUACGGUGCAGGUAGGGGCAUUUACCUCUGUGCGAAACCUUCAUGGAGAGCUAUACCUGAAAACUGUUAACAAACUGAUUUCUUCCUUUGAUUUUCUAUCCCACCCAUAGUUGGGACUGCAAAAGCAUUAAGAAACCCAAAGCCUGAAAAUCAUUCUGUCUUGUAGCGGGGGUGGGGAACCAGCUUCUGCCUGAGAAUGACAUUUCCUUCUGGACCAUCUUCCAGGGCCACAUGUCCACAGUGGUGGGCUGGGCCUGAGACACAAAGAGGCCAGAGCAAGGAAUAGAAAUGUUACCUCUGUACAGGCUCCAUGCGCAGUCUCUCUAACCUCAGCAGAAGUAAGGAUCGGGGUCCAAGGACACAUUCCAGGCCGGCAGAAACACUCCGGGAGAGCACGAAGCCAGCGCUAGGGAGAAGUGUGUUCUCGAAUGAGCCCUGAGGGUCAGAUGAGAGAGGUCUGGUCCCUGAGACAGAGUCUCCCCAUAAUCUCAUUUCUGGUGUGCCAUCAUUGCACAGAGCUGGAAGCAAAAAAUGUGCCUGAAAGAACUGAAAUCAUCAUUAUGGAUGAAAUUUAUGAGUUGCCUUUUAUUUAACCAAAAGUACUGCAAAGCAAUUUACAACAAUGAUUAAAGAGCAUUUAUGUUAAAACUAUAAAACAAAACAGAAAAAUCUUUCAAAUGUAUUUUUAAAAGGCAGAAUUAAAGCAACCCAUCCACUAAAAGAGGCCAUAUAUCAUUAAAAGCCAAAGUCCCGGCAGAAGAGAAAUGAUUAUUUGGUCAGAUAAUUUGUUAGGUUGAAAUUGUUUAAUAAAAAUAUUUUUUU